AUGUCCAAAGUAGUAAUUGUAACUGGUGCUUCUCGCGGUAUAGGACGUGCUACAGUCCUACAAUUAUUGCAACACUAUAACAGUAAUGUAAUUGCUGUUGCACGUGCAAACCAGGACUUGAAUGAUUUGAAAAGUCACGCCGAAAAUGAGUUGGGUGUGAAAGGAAAAUUGGAAAUUGUUAUUGGUGAUAUCACCGAAGAACAUAUCGUCGAAGAAGCUAUUAAAAAAUGCAUAGAUCGAUGGGGGAGAAUUGAUGGUAUUAUUGCUAAUGCAGGUAUGUUAGAUCCAAUGGGUAACAUUGCUGAUAUUAAUUUACAAGAAUGGAAACGUCACUUCGAUGUAAACUUUUUUUCAAAUAUCUUGCUUAUCCAAAAGUCAAUCCCUUACCUUCGAAGCUCGAAAGGCCGAAUUAUUACUGUCUCCACUGGUGUUGCGACUAGUGCUCAUCAAAGCUGGUCUCCUUAUUGCACUUCAAAAGCCGCUUUGCAUAUGUUAACAAAGUGCAUUGCAAUCGAAGAACCAGAUAUAAUUUCUGUAUCAAUUCUUCCUGGUGUUGUUGAUACAGCUAUGCAAGCCAAUAUACGUGACAAUGGAUUGAAGGCACAAAUGAAAACAACUGAUCAUCAAAGAUACAUAGACCUUUAUAAAUCGAAGACUUUAAUUCAUCCUGAUGAACCAGGUCGUGUCAUGGCUGCUUUAGUUGUAGCUGGCGCCACUCAAGAAAUGAGUGGCGAAUCGUAUAGAUAUAAUGAUCCUAAAUUAGCCCAUUUAUUAAAUAAAGAUUGA